CCUCCCGCAUGAUCGAUUACGGCUACCUUAUCGGAAGAAAGGCUGGUUCCUCACUCAAAGCACCGGGAGGGGAGGGGGAUCGCGGCAUGAUAGAGUGGACGAUCACUUUCCCCGCGCUGUGUGUGUGUGUCGUGGCCAGAAAACUCGAGACAAAUUCCGGCACAUUGAAAAAAAAUAUUUUUUAUUGCCACUAUACACAGUGGUACAUGAUGCUUAGAAGGUCGUUGAAGCAUCAAACAUGUUCAAAUUAAAAAAAAAAUAUUAGAUUAGUGUUAGAAGUUCUCGUACGCUUGUUAUAAAUAGGCUUCUUCACCCUCAAUUGGCAGGGGCAUCUUAUGGUCUCAUCAGCAGCGGCACGAAAUAAAAUAAACCAUCAAUACACCGAUAACACUUUAAAUCCCAAAAUGAACCAGCUUCUCCCGUAUCGUCAAGGUCACACACAAUAAAUAAAUGCUAACACUCACCAAUAACAAUACACAACCGCAAUGUACAUAUAUACCAACGCAUACACACAAUCAGCUGACGGCGAAAGGCACGGGCUGAAGCGCAAGUAAGGCAUGGCAGGGAGGGGAAAGGGAGUGAGAGGAAGAGGAGGAAGGAAUGGGCGCCAAUAUUUUUUGAAUUUUUCGGCCGUUUUUUUGCUCCGCCGUCUGAAAUAGUUCAUCCAUUCCUUCAGCAGAUGGCGCUCGUUCCGCACCUAAAAACUGCAAGAAAUACGCCGGCUAUCGUAGUUUCGGCUGAAGUCCAGCGCUGUUUUUUGCGUAUUUUUUGACACAAAACGACGCAAAAAACUACGCAGAAAACUGCUCGAAUCUGCGCAGCGGGAUGUUGGCAGCUCUGCGACUGCUCGAACGAGCAGCACUGCUCGAAACAGGAAGGGAGCGAAUGAAAUGUCAUGCAUACAAGGAACUGAAUAAAGAAAACGCGUGUAACAUUUGUACUGCAUCAAAAAUACAAUAAUUUGGCGACGAGAAAAGGGAAUUAUACGUUUUCAGUUACUUAAACAGUUCCCUACGUUGGUGAGAAGGAGCAUUUACCGUUAUUACUUCUAUCGGUGCUACGAAUACGGUGAAUUUUGAUGCUGUUGGCGGUACUACGUCUGGCGUUGCUACUGCUGCCGGAGCGUCAGCUGGAUUGAUUACGGGACGAGCUGCUACCAUUUUUUUGCUACUACCGGAGAUACUACUGCUGCUCCUACUACUCUUACUGUUGCUGUGACUGCUACUGCUUGUAUAUCGAUGCAACCACAAACCGUGGCGAGCGCUGGAUCUUCCACACCUACUGCUUCUUCUUCUUCCGGUACCAACGCAAAAAUGGCUAAUAUGUGUGUUUUCGAGCCUUUCAACCCCGUGUCAUCAUCGUUCGAUAGAUGGAUGGAACGGCUAAAAAUUUGGUUUAGAAUCAACCAAAUUGGAGAUGGCGAUAAAAAGGACUUCCUUCUACAUUACAUGGGCGGCCCUACGUACGACGUAUUAUGCAACAAGCUGCAAAACGCCGAUCCCUACACGAAGUCAUUCGACGAAAUCGUUGCACUCCUGAGAAAUCACUUCAACCCUGCACCGCUAGAAAUCCUAGAAAACUUCAAGUUUACUAGCCGUAAGCAAUUGGAGAACGAAUCAUUGAGCGAAUACUUAAUGGAGUUAGAGAAGCUGGCUAAAAGCUGCAAUUUUGAUUCGUACUUAGACAAAGCGCUGAGAAAUCAAUUUGUCUUUGGCAUUCGGAAUCGUGGAAUACAGUCACGAUUGCUGGAAGUACGCGAUCUUACACUAUCCAAAGCCAAGGACAUUGCGUUUGGAAUGGAAAUGUCAUUGCGUGGGACCGAGGAAAUGCAUGGAACCAGCCCGAGAUGUGAAGUGCAACAAGUUACGGCCAAUACAAAGAAAAUAUCAUCGACAAACAACGGUCAACAGCGAAAGUGCUACAGAUGCGGCGAUACAAAUCACAUGGCUAAUAGAUGCCAGCACAAGCAAACGGUUUGCAGCGCUUGUGGGAAAAGAGGACAUCUACAAAAAGUGUGUUUGUCUCGCAACAACAACAGGCGUCAGGAGAACACACAUUAUUUGGAGGAAAACGACCCAAAGGAUGUUCUUCAUGUGAGCACGGUCCAGAAUCAUGCUGGUGAUCCAGUCGUCGACAUCUACUGAGUGUGCCACCUUUGAGGGGACUUCCGGUUCGUCAGGCUUGACAGCGGAUUCUGGACUUCGUCGAUCAACAAGAACCAUCAAACCUCCUCAACGAUUGGAUCUGUA